UUGCAUUUUCUCCAGAAUCCAAGAAGAAACUAUUGACAUGGAUCAGGAAGACCCAAGACCAUCUCUUGAAGCUGCUCUGCUCCCAAGAAAUGAAAAUGGCCUUGAGUUGGGUGAAAGGUUGACCAACAACGACAUUCAAAAAUCGGAGGCAAUGACUGAGCUGAAGGAGCAAAUGUUGUUGGCUGGUCCUCUAGUUGUAGUUAGUUUUAUGCAGUAUAGUCUGCAGAUGAUCUCAGUUAUGUUUAUUGGCCAUCUUGGAGAGCUUACUCUUUCAAGUUCUUCAAUGGCUACUUCAUUUGCUGGUGUUACUGGUUUCAGCAUCAUGCUGGGAAUGGGAGGAGCGGUAGAGACAUUCUGUGGACAAGCUUAUGGUGCAAAACAGUAUCAUAUGCUAGGAGUACAUAUGCAAAGAGCUAUGCUUGUUCUUCUACUUAUUUGCUUUCCUAUAGCUCUUCUCUGGUCCUGUACAGAACAAAUUUUUAUGCUACUCAAACAGGAACCCGAAAUCUCAACGCAAGCGGGAAUUUACUGCCGUUGGUUGAUCCCUAGCAUUUUCCCUUAUGGACUUCUUCAAUGCCAAUUGAGAUUCUUGCAGACUCAAAAUAAUACUUCGCCUUUGAUGAUAAGUACUGGGAUUACAAGUGUAGCUCAUGUCAUUGCUUGUUGGACUUUAGUUCUUAUAUUUGGUUUUGGAAACAAAGGGGCUGCCUUGUCUAUUGCAAUCUCUUAUUGGACAAAUGUGUUGAUCUUGGCAAUUUAUAUAAAGUUUUCCCCUGCAUGUCAGAAAACUUGGACAGGUUUUUCAAAAGAGGGAAUGAAAAAUCUCCUUGGCUUUGGAAAACUAGCUGUGCCUUCAGCUCUUAUGGUCUGCUUGGAAUCUUGGUCAUAUGAGUUUUUGGUCCUCAUGUCUGGUCUUCUUCUCAAUCCAAAGCUAGAGACAUCCAUGAUGUCAAUCAGCCUUAACACAAGUUCAGUGAUCUACAGAAUCCCCUAUGGGUUUGGCAAUGCUGUAAGCACGAGAGUAUCAAACAAAUUAGGAGCUGGAAAGCCUCGAGCAGCACGAUUAGCAGCACAAGUUGUGAUAUUCUUGGCAAUUGCACAGGGCUUAGUGUUGAACUUAACUGCAGUUGGAUUAAGAGGCAUAUGGGGCUAUAUGUAUACCAAUGAGGAGGAAGUUGUGAGAUAUUUGGCUUCUGUUAUGCCAGUGCUUGCUACAUCCAAUUUCAUGGAUGGAAUCCAGGGAGUUUUAUCAGGCAUGAAACAGCACUCUUCUAUACAUAAUUUUUUCAUCUUCAUCGAAAUUUCUCUACAACAUUUGGUCACUACUUAAACCAGCAAUGAUCACUUCGAAAAAAAAGCAAUUACCGAAAUUUUGUUUAACAUAAUGUAGGAGUUGCUAGAGGGUGUGGCUGGCAAAAGGUUGGUGCAUAUGUGAACUUGGGAGCCUAUUACCUUGUUGGCCUUCCCUGUGCUAUAAUCUUGACUUUUCUAUUAAACUUUGGAGGAAAGGUAAAGAAUUUGUCUUAGCUAUAUAUAUAUAUAUAGAGAUCAGCAUUCUCAUGAAACUAACAGAAUCCCAAAAUUUUUGAGGGACUUUGGAUGGGAAUCAUAGGUGGGAGCUCUCUGCAAGCAGUUCUGCUACUAGCCAUUACAUUGCGCACAAAUUGGGGAGAAGAAGUAAAUGGAAAAAGCUCAACCUUCACUUUGAUCAUUAAUAAAAAUCACUUAUAUCUGUAUAUCUAUAUAUAUAUGUAUAUGUUUUAUUUAAAUGUUUUUUUUUGCUUGAAUCUCCCAGGCAAGGAAGGCAAGGGAUAGA